GGGAAGAAAACGUAAGUUCCGCUCACGGGUAGGGCGUUCUCCGAGGUAGGGCGUCGCGACGUGAGGCCUUUGCACUGUAGGGUGCAGCCCGCACCUCGGCUCUCACCAGCCCGGCGGAGAAAAAGCCGGCCUCCGGAAUGCGACCAAGUGCCAGAGAAUAACAGUUUGGAGGUCCAAGAUGUCCAAUCUGAGGAUAUUUGCAGUGAAUCAUAAGAAAAUAUCCAGCUUGCACAUUAACAAUAUGUGUUCCUCAAAAAUAAGAGCAAGUCUAAAAAGAUUAAGGCUACAUGUGCUUCUUGGAAGAAAUUACAGUUCCCUACCAGGUUUAAUAGGAAAUGAUAUCAAGUCCCUUCAUUCCAUCAUCAAUCCUCCUAUUGCUAAAAUCCGUAAUAUUGGAAUUAUGGCUCAUAUUGAUGCAGGAAAAACUACCACCACAGAAAGAAUAUUGUAUUAUUCUGGAUACACAAGAUCACUGGGAGAUGUUGAUGAUGGAGACACGGUGACAGAUUUCAUGGCUCAAGAGCGAGAACGAGGCAUAACUAUUCAAUCAGCUGCUGUUACAUUCGAUUGGAAGGGGUAUAGAAUCAAUCUGAUUGAUACACCAGGUCAUGUGGACUUUACCUUGGAAGUUGAGCGCUGCCUAAGAGUGUUAGAUGGUGCAGUGGCUGUGUUUGAUGCCUCUGCUGGUGUAGAGGCACAAACUCUUACAGUAUGGAGGCAAGCUGAUAAACACAAGAUACCUCGAAUCUGUUUUUUAAACAAGAUGGACAAAAUUGGAGCAAGUUUUAACUAUGCUGUUGAAAGCAUCAGAGAGAAGUUGAAGGCAAAGCCUUUGCUUUUACAGUUACCAAUUGGUGAAGGCAAAACUUUCAAAGGAGUGGUGGAUGUAGUAAGUAAAGAAAAACUUCUUUGGAAUCCCAAUUCAGAUGAUGGAAAAGACUUUGAGAGAAAACCCCUCUUGGAAAUGAGUGAUCCUGAAUUGCUGAAGGAGAUAACGGAAGCAAGGAAUGCCUUAAUUGAACAAGUUGCAGAUUUGGAUGAUGAAUUUGCUGACUUGGUUUUAGGAGAAUUUAGUGAGAAUUUUGAUUUACUACCAGCUGAAAAGCUACAAGCUGCGGUACACAGAGUAACACUGGCUCAGACAGCAGUGCCUGUGCUUUGUGGAAGUGCCCUGAAAAACAAAGGGGUCCAGCCCUUGUUAGAUGCUAUUACUAUGUACUUGCCUUCACCUGAAGAACGCAACUAUGAAUUUCUGCAGUGGUAUAAGGGUGACUUAUGUGCCCUGGCAUUUAAAGUUCUCCAUGACAAGCAGCGAGGCCCACUGGUAUUUUUGCGCAUUUACUCAGGCAUGAUAAAACGCCAAUUGGCCAUCCAUAAUAUUAAUGGAAACUGCACGGAGAGAAUAAGUCGUCUGCUUUUGCCAUUUGCUGACCAGCAUGUAGAAAUCCCUUCACUGACUGCUGGUAACAUUGCUUUGACUGUUGGGCUUAAACACACUGCCACUGGGGACACCAUUGUCUCAUCCAAGUCCAGCGCAUUAGCUGCAUGUCGUCGAGCAGAAAGGGAGGGAGAAAAGAAGCACAGACAAAACAAUGAAGCAGAGAGGCUUUUGUUGGCUGGGGUGGAGAUUCCAGAACCUGUUUUCUUCUGUACCAUAGAACCUCCAUCAGUGGCUAAGCAGCCAGAUUUGGAUCAUGCAUUGAAAUGCCUUCAGCGUGAAGAUCCCAGUUUGAAAGUGAAGCUAGAUCCUGACUCUGGACAAACUAUCCUUUGUGGAAUGGGGGAGUUACAUAUUGAGAUAAUUCAUGACCGAAUCAAGAGGGAAUAUGGACUGGAAACCUAUCUAGGGCCCCUCCAGGUGGCAUACCGAGAGACCAUCCUAAAUUCAGUUCGUGCCACAGAUACCUUAGAUAGAACUUUAGGAGACAGACGGCAUCUUGUGACUGUAGAACUGGAAGCAAAAUCACUGGAAACAUCAUCUCUUCUGCCAGUCAUCGAGUAUGCAGCAAGUGUUGCUGAAGACCUUUCUCAGGCCUCACGAGAGGCCAUUGAAAAUGGCCUUUACAGCGCGUGCCUCCAAGGACCACUGCUUGGAUCGCCAAUUCAAGAUAUAGCAAUUACUUUACAUUCAUUGGUAAUUCAUCCCGGUACCUCCACAGCUAUGAUUUCUGCCUGUGCCUCAAGAUGCCUACAAAAGGCUCUGAAGAAAGCUGAUAAGCAAAUUUUGGAGCCCCUGAUGAAUCUUGAGGUUACAGUGACUAGAGAUUACCUCAGUCCUGUCCUAGCAGAUCUGGCACAAAGAAGAGGGAACGUUCAGGAAAUCCAGACUCGUCAGGACAACAAAGUUGUUAUUGGAUUUGUUCCCUUAGCAGAAAUUAUGGGUUAUUCAACUGUGCUUCGAACGUUAACAUCAGGCUCAGCUACCUUUGCCUUAGAGCUCUCUAAUUAUCAAGCCAUGAAUCCUCAAGACCAAAGUACACUGCUCAGCCAGAGAAGUGGCUUGUCCUAAGUCCUUGGAGAGAAACUCAGGAGCACCUACCUACUUCAUUUUCAGUAAGAACAACUGAAAAGGUAGAACUUGAAACAGACAGUGGCACUUGGUGCUGCCCAUUCUAUUUUAUAGAAUGAGAAACGUGCUUUGAUGUUGAAGGUUAAUGUACCUGAACUGUAUUGUGUAUCUAGGAUGUUAUUACUGUCGGUAGUCAAGGUUCAGUCUUUUGCAAUAUACUGAAUGAUAGAUAUCACGAGGUUUUUGGUUGGUUGAUUUUAAGCUGCUCUCACAGGAAAGAUGUCAGUCUUCUAUGUAUAACGUAUAAUAAGAUGGAGGUUCAAUCAAUAAAAAGAUUUUAUUCAAAAACAUGAUUUUUAAAAUCAAGCUGAUCGUGGUACAGAUGAUUGUGGGCAUUUUCCCCUAUUUUUCUUUUGUUUCAGCUCAUUUUUACAUUGUGUCCUCGUGGUCACAAUAUCCCGUAAAGACAGGUUCUGCAGCUAUUCCUCGUCUGUACGACAGGUAAAGUACAAACAAAAGAUGUUUUAGAUUGAUAUAACUCAUCUCCAUCUUAAGGAACUUAAUAGCUCAAAUCAGAAUCACUAAACCAUCACUAAUUAUUGAAAAAAGAGAUUCAUAAUGGAGUUCUAAGUUACAGCAAAAUUUAUCUAUAAAACAGUUUAAAGUCCAAGAUAUCUUCUCCUUAUAGGUACUGGAAAUAGUUCCCAAUUUCUCCUAAUUAAAUCACAGCCUCUUAGGUGACAUACAUUUCUAUUUAUAGGAAAAAAAACCCAAUAAGCCAUCUAACACUAAAUAAGGUUAAAACUCACCCUGUACUUAAUAGUAUCCUAGCUUGAAAAAUAAAUCUGUCUUACCUGAGCAUUCUGCAGCGGUGAAUUGUUAGUCUCCUGUAGGCAUCCUCUAGGCUUCUGACAUCUUUGUGACUCCAGAGUCUCUCACCAACAGCACUUGCCCGAGGCCUAAAAUUUAAACCACAUGUGCCCCAAUGUAGUUUUCUGUUUUCUUAAAUAAGCAAACCACAUGCUUGGGGAAGUUCCUAGUGGUUUCCUACUUGGGUACAGAAGGAAAACUCAGGCACCUUAAUUCAAAUGUUAUCCCUUAAAUUCCAUACCAUAAUCUUGGAGUAAGGUUAGUUGCAUCCACAUACUCUCCCCAUAGACAAGCUUCUCCACCAAUGACAAGUUUUUUCUGUUCCUGAGAACCUAGAUUAAAAUCAUUGAUGUAAGUUAGGUAGUUGCAACUGGAGGCCUAUAUACAGAGGCAAUGCUGAUUUCUAUUGUUAUCUUAGGGCAACAUUUCUCUCCUGUUAAGCAGGACCUUGGGAGACGUUCGUGGCUGUGGCACAAGGUGGCCAACUUUAUUGCCAUGGCUGACCCCAUGGUUCACAUAGUAUUUGUUAGCAUGUUAACUAAUGUGGCAGUCUGGUAGUAAAGAUACCAUUUUAUUAAAGGGACUAUCUCUAGUAAUUAUGACUUUCUGAUUCUCAGAAAAUGCUUUUUAGAUUAACAGUUAUGUCAAUUCCUAAUAGACCUACAGUUUUGAAACUCUUUUAAACAGCAAAAUACUUUUCCUCAAAGGAAAUUUUAUAUUAAAGUCUGAUAUACAAAAAUGGACAAAGUAGAACUGUUCUUAAUGAAGGGGGUUUGAGAGUCUGGAGCCCCACCACUUGACAUGCCCACCCCCAAGGACGCCUCCUCCUCAGAACCCGGAAGCCACUGAACAGGACGGGAUCCCUGCUUAGGUGGCUUGCAUUGGAGAGGCAGCUCAGAGUAGGAGAUACAAGGUUAAUGCAGUCAGGCAUCUUUAAAUGCAUAGUGAUAACAAGUCUUAUCAGUGAAAAUGGAGAGAAAAAUCUAAGGGAAUCUACUUUUGAAGUUCUUUCAUUUAGGGAAGAAUGUGGUUUCUUUCACAGAGUUUAAAAUGAUAUUGUAGUUGGUCUGUUUAAGUACACACAAACAAAAUCAAGGGUCAAACAUAAAAGGGAGGAUAGUUGGUAGAUGCUACCUAGGU